AUAGACGGUAGACCAUAGACAGUAAUCCUUCAUCGACUUCUUUGGUUUAUAGCCACGAGGUUUUUAGAAAUAUUUCAAUUUAUUAGUGAAAUAAUAAAAAGAUACUUCAUUUUAUUCGAACAAAAUGCCACCCAGUAAUCCUUUGCCACCUAAAGAAAAUGCGCUUUUCAAAAGAAUUUUGCGCUGUUACGAACAUAAACAAUAUAAAAAUGGGUUGAAAUUUGCCAAGCAAAUUCUUUCUAACCCCAAAUAUGCAGACCAUGGAGAAACAUUGGCUAUGAAAGGAUUAACUCUGAACUGUCUGGGUCGCAAAGAUGAAGCAUAUGAGUAUGUCCGCAGAGGACUGCGUAAUGACCUGAAGUCUCCCGUGUGCUGGCAUGUGUACGGACUUCUCCAGCGGUCUGACAAAAAGUAUGAUGAGGCCAUCAAGUGCUACCGUAAUGCUCUCAAGUGGGAGAAGGAAAAUAUUCAGAUUCUACGGGAUUUGUCACUGUUACAGAUUCAGAUGCGUGACUUGGAAGGGUAUAAAGAUACCCGUUACCAACUGUUUAUGUUGAGACCAACGCAAAGGGCGUCAUGGAUCGGUUUCGCCAUGAGUUACCAUCUCCUCGGCGACUAUGAGAUGGCGAACAGCAUCCUAGAUGCCUUCCGUACCAACCAGAUGAAGGGGCCUUAUGACUAUGAACAUUCAGAACUCCUGCUAUACCAGAACAUGGUGCUGGCGGAGUCUGGCCAGUACGAGAGGGCUCUCCAACACCUAAAUAAGUUCUCAUCUCAAAUUCUUGAUAAGUUAUCGAUUAAGGAGACCUCUGGCGAAUAUUAUUUGAAAUUGAAGAGGUUUAAGGAAGCGGAAGCUGUUUAUGAAGACUUAUUAAAAAGAAAUCCUGAAAAUGUGAUGUAUUAUGAGAAACUAAUAGAAGCUAAACAGCUAAGUAAUGCAGACGAAAAAGUGGCCUUCUUUGAUGUAUAUAAGAAAGAGUUCCCGCGCGCGAUAGCCCCGCGGCGGCUGCAGCUGACGGAGGCGCACGCGCAGCCCGUGUUCGAGAGGCUCGCCGACGACUACCUGCGACACGGCCUGCACAAGGGAAUACCACCGCUGUUUGUCGACCUCAGGUCAUUAUACGCAGACCAGAGUAAAGCAGAUACGAUAGAGAAGUUAAUACUGCAGUACAUUGAGAACUUGAGCUCAGUGGGCACGUUCAGUUCGGACGCCGGCGAGACCAAGCAGCCGGCCAGCGCGUUGCUGUGGGCCUACUACUACGCCGCGCAACACUUCGACUACAAGAAGGAUACUGAUCGCGCGCUCUUGUACAUAGAUGCCGCUAUCGAACACACGCCCACGCUCAUAGAACUGUUUAUUGUCAAAGGAAGGAUAUAUAAGCACGCGGGCGACCCGGUGUCGGCCUACCAGUGGCUGGAGGAGGCGCAGGCCAUGGACACGGCCGACCGCUACGUCAACAGCAAGUGCGCGCGCUACAUGCUGCGCGCCGGACACGUCAAGCGCGCAGAGGACAUGUGCGCCAAGUUCACGCGCGAGGGUGUCCCAGCUACAGAGAACCUUAACGAAAUGCAGUGCAUGUGGUUCCAAACGGAAGCGGCGGCAGCGUACCAACGGCAACAACAAUGGGGCGAGGCCCUCAAAAAAGCUCACGAAGUGGACCGGCACUUCUCCGAGAUAAUGGAGGACCAGUUCGACUUCCACUCAUACUGCAUGCGCAAGAUGACGCUGCGGUCGUACGUGGGGCUUUUGCGGCUUGAGGACGUUCUUCGUGCGCAUCCGUUCUACUUCCGCUGCGCACGCGUCGCUAUCUCCGUGUACCUGCGCCUCUACACGCAGCCGCUGCAGGACGCGCCGCAGACCGCCGAGCCCGACACAGGUACCCUCGCACUACACACCCGCGCCUCUACACGCAGCCGCUGCAGGACGCGCCGCAGACCGCCGAGCCCGACACAGGUACCCUCGCACUACACACCCGCGCCUCUACACGCAGCCGCUGCAGGACGCGCCGCAGACCGCCGAGCCCGACACAGGUACCCUCGCACUACACACCCGCGCCUCUACACGCAGCCGCUGCAGGACGCGCCGCAGACCGCCGAGCCCGACACAGGUACCCUCGCACUACACACCCGCGCCUCUACACGCAGCCGCUGCAGGACGCGCCGCAGACCGCCGAGCCCGACACAGGUACCCUCGCACUACACACCCGCGCCUCUACACGCAGCCGCUGCAGGACGCGCCGCAGACCGCCGAGCCCGACACAGGUACCCUCGCACUACACACCCGCGCCUCUACACGCAGCCGCUGCAGGACGCGCCGCAGACCGCCGAGCCCGACACAGGUACCCUCGCACUACACACCCGCGCCUCUACACGCAGCCGCUGCAGGACGCGCCGCAGACCGCCGAGCCCGACACAGGUACCCUCGCACUACACACCCGCGCCUCUACACGCAGCCGCUGCAGGACGCGCCGCAGACCGCCGAGCCCGACACAGGUACCCUCGCACUACACACCCGCGCCUCUACACGCAGCCGCUGCAGGACGCGCCGCAGACCGCCGAGCCCGACACAGGUAAGACAAAAUACAAUACAACAUCUUCUGCUAUGCUGAUUAUUAGUGAGAACAUAAGCGGAGCGGUGAGUAAACGUCACAGUAAUUCAGCUGUAUAGACAUAAUCUAUUUACUCGUUAAUAAUUAAUUAAUCAAGUUAAUAACUGCAUCUGCUGACUCGUUAUUCAAAAAGCCCUUUUUACAAUUAAUACACAAAGUCACAAUUCGUACAAGCAAGUCCUUACAUUAUUAGAAACUAAAACCUUGAAACAUUAGAACGGAAAGCGUGUUUCACGACGAACUUCUAAACCUAUAGGUACACGAUACUUUAACAUGAAUUCAGACACAUUCGUUUAUUAUUUUUUAAAGAUCACGAAUCGGUUCUAUUGUAAUAUUUAGAUAGUCGUCGCUACAAGCAUUGUUAAACGGUCACAACGACAGUAUAGAGACAACGAUUUAAAGUUACAUUAUUUUAUUUGAGGAAGUUUGACAGCAUACUACAGGUUGUAGAGAGGCACCUUUCAUGGAUAACUGCAUUUUAGUUCUUGGAAAUUCUAGUAAAGGUACAUGAUAUACUUGGAGAAAAAAAAUGUACGUACAAUGUUAUUUUUAGCAACUCUACCAACUUACAUGAAAUUUUUACUGCAUUCGGAUAAACGAGCGUGUUCUUUUUUAUGAAAAUGUACGAUUCUAACUACUACUGUAAUAAGCAAGACAGUAUUUGGAAGAGAAUUGCUAAUUUAUGAAUUUCGCUGAAGGUCCAACCUCGCUUUAAUAGCGCGUUCAAAUCUUAUUAAGAUCCUAUCCUUGCUUAAGAUUAUCUUAAGCAAGGAUACGAUAAAUUAGUACUAAAUUCUAGUUAUUAUUACUUCCAUAGCAUGCAAAGGUAGCAGAGGUCUAUUAUCCUAUCGAAAAUCAUAAGCGCGCCAAAAAGAUCACACUGCACAUAGUUGAUUUUCCGAUGGAAAAAUGUUCUAACAUUAGUUCAGCCUUAUCACCAUUUUACUUACGCACGAAAUUUUGUCAACCCCACAAACUACUUUUUUUCCAACUGCACCUAAGUUUGAUUUUCCAAUGUGGAUAUUGAACUCAUAGUUGUAAAUGAAAAUAAGUUCCUGUAUGUAAAACAGAUGCUGCGAAGUGUAAAAUAACAAUAAAAUUAUUGUUUACACUUCGCAUUGAUAUGGCCUACGGCGAUGCAGGUAUAAGUAAUGGCGUCUAUGUGCGAGCCGGAUGUUCCGAGGUGGACGAUGUGCCAACUGAUUUUCCGCGAUUGCAUAUUUACUUACGCUAUGUGACUAAAAUAAUGUAAUACUUUCCCUCACUGAGAAAGCUAGCUAGAAAAUACUAAAACUAGAUAGAAUUUAUAGAAAUUUGCAAUGCAAAAAUCAUAACCUAAAAUUGAAUUUCUCCACGCUUUGUCAUCAAUUCGUAAAGUUUUCGUGAAUUUCUAUAUGCCAUUGAUCCAUUUCUCUUCGCAAUACCCAACUCUCUUCAUAUUAUCAAUCUUCAAAAAGAAUUACCCUCCUUCUAGCAUAGAAGAGUAAUUACAUUUACUAAACUAUGUUUAGAAAUCAAUUCUCUGUCAGGAACUUUCUUUUUUUGUAGAUCAUCCUGUAUACACGCCGUUUCCAAUACACCUCAGCGUACAUUAUUACGAGUAAUUUAAUACACAGGUAUAACAAUCAAUUAUUUAUUCACUCCAACGAUAUCCUGUUCGAUAAAUAAUGAGAAUACAUGAGUCUAUAUUUAUCCGUUGGUAUAAAGUUCUACAUGAAGUACGAAAGGAUAUAUUUAGUUCACAGCGAAAUGAGUGGAUAACUUGCAUGAAUAUAAGUUCUGCAUUAGUUUACGUAAAUCCAUCGGAAAUACUAAAAUGGUACGCAAUAAGUAAAUUAAAACUACCCAAUUCACGAAUAGGUAUAUUUGUAACCCAAAAUAAAUUGCCACUCAAUUUGAAUCAUGAAAAUUCUAGCCAAAUUUAGCCUAUACAUGCAGUCUUAAAAAAAUCUACGGAGUGGCACCUACUACUAUGGAAUGUAAUAACAGUAUUUUCAAAGUUCAACUAACAUGGUAUUAAUUGAUCAUUAUAAAUCUGUAUAAUUCCAUUUAAUGAACACAAACAAGAAAUGCAAUGUGCAAUUAGACGACUUUAUCAUUAUUUUGUUUAAUCAUAUUGUGUUGAAUGUUAAUAGGUUUUGGUUCUUUGUCUUCUUUACGACACACAAUGAGAACAAGUAUUAUAAGUCAUGUUUUUAUAAAAAGCAGUGUGUAUAGGCCCAUAGGCAUUCGAUUUAAAAAUCAAAUGAAACUUUGAAGACUGAAUCUUAUACUUACGUCUUUUCAGUCUCGGAGGUGACAGGAAGAAGGUCUUAUUGCCAUCAGGUUACUACGUACCUCAUACAAUAAAAUAAAUAAACAAAAAUCGUUUUAUAAACAUUAUGUUCAAUAUAUUCAUUUGUGACGUUUCUAAGGUUAAAUUGUAUGUGACAAGGUCAGUCAUACACCUAUGUUAUAUAAUUAUCGUGUUUUCGGCAUGUGGACCCCUAUAAUUAAACUUUGUUUCAACGUAGGAAGUGAUUGCGUGUGUUUUGAAAUGCAUUUUUACUGGGACUUAGUCACUCAUGAUCAGAGUUCUUUGACGAAGUUUUUUAUAUCAAUCUUUGCUUUUGUUUUGUCUGCGUGGGUGUAGUCAACCGUCUUAAACCUCUUCUAAAUGAAUUUAAAUCUUUUCGAUACCAUUCCUUUUUAUUCGUCCUUGCACGAAAAGGUAUCAAACAGUAUACUCUAUAUGUAUAGUGGUAAUGAAAUAGGUGUUAAACAGUAGUUACUAUUAUUAUUUUUUUAGUAACCUUAUGCUUCUUGACCACCCAUUCAAGUUGUCCUAUGACUAGUACUUUCAUCUUAGAUAAUACGCCACACUCUGAUCACCUAGUAACGGAGUACCAGAAACGUUCAUAUAACGUACUAGAUUCAAGCUAUCAAAAGCUACGUAACACGUUAAUGUCAUCCGCAUGUAACUUACUAUCUCAGUCUGCUGUCGUACAUCCUUCUAAAAGAACCAUCUUCAUUUUGUUGAUAUAGAAGAUCUGUUAAGCCAUGACAAGGCUAUUGGUUCCGAUUUCAAAUAAAUGUUUUAAAAAAGGGGCUUGUGACUGUAAAUGAACAUAUCUCUUAAUACAAAAAUUCCGACAUAUCAAAUCAUAUCAAAAUCUUUAUUGCAAACGUUAAUGUACACAUACAGGUGGUAAGAUUUAAUAGAAACAAUUAUCGAAACAACUUUUAAGUUGCUUUUUCCUUGUAGUUUAUAUAUCAUAAGUUUAUUAUGCCGUAACAUAACUUAGAUUGACUUUCGUUCAUGGUUUUCACCACCCAUAACGUGGAAUCAUAUAAGGCAAAUCUAAAUGUGCCGAGUAAGACUUACUAAGUUGACUUUAUAUUGUUAAAGAAGUUUACUAUGUAUUACGUAGCAUAAAAACUUUAUUUAGCGCUCAAACUCAACGUCCUCAUCGCAUUCACUGCAAGAUAUCAAAAUGUAGAAUUAUUAUGCCAAUGUUUUUAUUAUGAGAGCGAAAUCCAUCUAAAACUGCUGAGUAGUAUAAUUUAUGAAUACACAGAAGUAUUUGACCACUUAACGGAAUUAAUUACGAGGUUCGAACUUAUUUGAAGACUUAAAAAUUAUGAACAAUGUCGAAAUUCAAUAAAUAUUCGGUUUUGUAUAAAGUCAGUUUGAAUAUAAGUCAUCGAUUUGUAGGAUAAAUACCGUAGUAUCCGUUUGGAGAAUGACUAUACAUCUUAUACAUGUGAUCGUAUGUAACCACUAAUUGUCAAGCAUCGUCAAUCAUUUUCCACAUGUGAUAAUUAUGCGGUUACGACUUCGUGCCAUUAAUAAAUAGUCUUACUAGCAUGACUAUAUUUGGUAUAAUUAUAAUUUUGUACAUAAUUACAGAUUUAUUUACCUAAAAAAAAAACUGUAUUUUAACUAAGGCUUGUAAACCAUAUGUAUGCCAUCAGUCUCCACACCGAAGUUAAUUAUAUCCUGCACUAUAAAAUACUUCGUUCCAUCACAUCUCUAAGUUAAAAUUUGAAUUGAGGAACUAUUAAUGUAGGGAGAUUUACAUACAGGAGAUUAAUACCUAAAUACGGAAACAUCAAUCCGUUCGAAAUUACCGUAAGACUCAAGCUAUUUACUUUUAAUGUGUACCUAAAGUACCGGCGGAUAGAUAUCUAAGGAUGUCUUAAUAUAAUUUUCGACACUUAAUUUUAAGUGUCGACUAAUACAUACAAGAUUCGAAUACGUGCGUAAGGUUGCAUUAGGUUCAACAUGCUGACUCCCGAAACUAUUCGGCUCUGUUCUUGAUUGAGUUCUCGAUUCGAUCCAGAAAUGGCACUACUGUACCGAACCAAUAUCGAGAAUCGUGCCACGAAUUGGCGCGGUUUUCGGCUUUCAAAGUACCAGCUCGACCUAAAUUCGAUUCAAGCAGAACAGCACAUACAGUCAGUAAGUCGACGCUGAGGGUAUGAGGUGAAUGGCGUGGAGAGUUCACAUACGCAAUAACCUGAUUAAGCUCGUGUGUUUUUUUUUCGUCUUUUUAAAAAACGACUCCCGAACUAAGGAAUUUAAUC